CCUCCUCUCUCGCCCGGCCAUGGCAGGCGGCGGCGGGCCCUCCUCGGAGCCUCUGCGCUACGCGGAGUACGCGGCGGCCCGGAACGGCGGCUUCGGCGGCGGCGGCGCGGACUCGGGCGCGGGGCUGGCCAAAUCUAUGAUAGCAGUUGGUCUGGGUGUUGCAGCUGUGGCCUUUGCGGGUCGGUACGCCUUCCAGUUUUGGAGACCACUGGAGCAAGUAAUCACAGAAACAGCAAAGAAAAUUUCAAGUGCUAGUAUUUCCUCCUACUAUAAAGGGGGAUUUGAACAGAAAAUGAAUCGGCGAGAAGCUAGUCUUAUUUUAGGCAUCAGUCCAUCUGCUGACAAGGUCAAGAUAAGAACCGCUCAUAGACGAAUCAUGAUUUUGAAUCACCCUGAUAAAGGUGGCUCUCCCUACCUAGCGACAAAAAUCAAUGAAGCAAAAGACUUGCUGGAAUCUAGCAGUAAACAUUAGGGCCCCGGGAUUCCUGUCAUGAGAAAUAUGCUACUUUGCCACACUGAAGAAACCUCAAAUGCUGUUGCUUCUUGAACAGCAACUUUAUAGAUUGGCCAGUGCUUCAUCGAUGGCUCUGUUAAGGAUGUUUUCUGAACUGCUGAAUACACUGUUCCAAGCAAUUAAUAAUAAAAGUGAGAUUAUUCUUAAAAUA